CUUCAGACUUUGGAGGUGGGCUCUGUGCACGUAACUGGAAUGCUUUCCCCCUCACUUCUUCUCGGUGAGGGAGAAGUGAUCUGACAUAGCGAAAACUCUUACAAUAGCUGCUGCUGCUGCUUUUUGUCUGCCGGAUCUGAAACAGAGGGCUUUUAUAACCAUUAGUGGAAUAAUUGCUGUCCUGCAUUUAUAAAUGGAAUUCCUUUAUACAUAUUUUUCUACUUCGUUCUACUGGCAAUGACUGAGUGAAAUUUAAGAAAGAAAGCUGGCUACUGGUAUUAGCAUGUUUCUCCUUCUUCGAGAAGAAAAGCCUCUAAAAUAAAAUAAGAAGCAGCUAAAACAAGUGAUCACCUGCAUUUACAGACAGAAUGAAGAAAUAUUCUGAGCUGAAAAUUCUGAUCAAGUACUAAGUGAAUGGUGCAGCCCAGCGGGUAUGGAUUUAUCAGGACACAUCUACUGUUCAAAGUUAAUAGUUGGAUGAUUCUGAACAGGAAAAAAAAAAGUCUCUUUCUUCAGUGUACUCAAGAAGCCAUCAUAAUUCAAUCCUUAGCAUCAUGAAUGCUUUUGAACACUUGGAGCUGAAACUACCAUCUCUAGCCAUGCUAUGUAGAAAAGCUACUAAGAAUUACAAAGAGAGCAAUUUUUGUUAAGGGUAUUAAACCAAAACAAAAGAGGUUCUUCACACAGAGUCUUGAAAAAAAGAAGAGAACCCCCUCCCUCUGCUUCAAAGUCUCAUUCCUGCAGAGUAACAAGAGUCUGAAGCUUUUAUCCUCAACAACCUGAUGUGCUUAUAUACCAUGAUAAAACUUUAUGGGAAUGUUCACUGAAUAUAGUGGGGCUCACCAGGAAAGAUAUUCUACCCAUAAGAAUCAUUUAAGCUACUACUGUGAAGGAAGUACAGCUACGUGAACCAAACCUAUAAACUGCUCCCAAAUCAACCUCUCUCUAGAAAACUGUAUGCCCAUUGGAUAUUAACAAGCACAAAAGGUUCCCUUGCAUCUUUAAAUAAGAUUGCUGAAAACCAAACACUAGUCUGUGUGCAAACCUCAUUGCAACUUGACCAUGAUCAGUGUAACCUGGAACUUCAUCCUAAUUUGGACAAAGAUAGGGCUGUUGCUCAAAAUGGCACCCCACUUUGUCAGUGCCAAGUCAUGCCCCUCAGCGUGUCGCUGUGAUGUAGGAUUCAUUUACUGCAAUGAUCGUGACUUGACAUCAAUUCCUAGUGGGAUUCCAGAGGAUGCUACAACCCUUUACCUUCAGAACAAUCAAAUUAAUAAUGCUGGAAUUCCAUCUGACCUAAAAUCCUUGAUCAAAGUGGAGAGAAUUUAUUUAUACCACAACAGUUUGGAUGAAUUCCCUAUCAACCUCCCAAAGUACGUCAAAGAAUUGCAUUUGCAGGAAAAUAACAUAAGGACAAUUACUUAUGAUUCACUUUCACAAAUUCCUUAUCUGGAAGAAUUGCAUUUGGAUGAUAAUUCUGUUUCUGCAGUUAGUAUUGAAGAUGGAGCCUUCCGGGAUAAUAUCUAUCUCAGACUUCUUUUUCUUUCUCGAAAUCACCUUAGCACCAUUCCCUGGGGCUUGCCUAAAACAAUAGAAGAGUUGCGCUUGGAUGAUAAUCGUAUUUCCACAAUUUCGGAGCUGUCCCUUCAAGACCUUACAAAUCUAAAACGUCUAGUUUUAGAUGGAAAUCUCUUAAGCAAUCAUGGAUUAGGACAGAAAGUCUUCAUGAACCUAGUCAAUUUAACAGAACUCUCACUGGUCCGUAAUUCCCUUACAGCAGCUCCAAUAAAUUUGCCAGGCACAAAUCUGAGAAAGCUUUAUCUGCAAGAAAACCAUAUAAAUCAUGUACCACCUAAUGCUUUCGCAUACCUACGACAGUUGUAUCGAUUAGAUAUGUCAAACAACAAUCUCAGUAAUUUACCUCAGGGUGUCUUUGAUGACCUGGACAAUAUAACCCAAUUGUUUCUUCGCAACAACCCUUGGCGCUGUGGGUGCAAAAUGAAAUGGGUUCGUGACUGGUUGCAGACACUGCCUCUCAGAGUUAAUGUACGGGGCCUGAUGUGUCAAGCACCAGAAAAGGUGCGUGGGAUGGCUAUCAAAGACCUCAACACAGACGUAUUUGAUUGCAAAGAUGAGGAUAUUGUAAGCACUAUCCAAAUUACUGCUUCAGUACCAAACACUUUAUACCCUGUGCAAGGACACUGGCCAGUUUCUGUGACCAAAUCACCUGAAAUAAAGACUCCUAAUCCACAUAGAAACUACAGAACAACAGCUAUCCCAGUACAGGAAAUCAUUACCAUUGUUGUAAAGUCUGUAAGCACUGAGACUAUUCAUAUUUCUUGGAAAGUUGCACUACCAAUGACUGCUUUAAGACUUAGUUGGCUCAAAAUGGGUCAUAGCCCUGCCUUUGGAUCUAUAACUGAAACAAUUGUUACAGGAGACCGUCAUGACUAUCUGCUUACAGCACUUGAACCAGACUCCCCAUACCGUGUAUGCAUGGUUCCCAUGGAAACCAGUAACAUUUAUCUGUCUGAUGAAACACCUGUUUGUAUAGAGACUGAAACUGCGCCCCUUAAAAUGUACAAUCCUACAACAACCCUAAACCAUGAACAAGAGAAAGAACCAUAUAAAAAUUCUAAUCUGCCAUUAGCUGCCAUUAUAGGCGGUGCAGUGGCACUAGUAGCUAUAGGACUGCUUGCUUUAGUCUGCUGGUAUGUCCAUAGGAAUGGAUCCUUAUUCUCGAGAAACUGUACAUACAGCAAAGGACGGAGGAGAAAAGACGAUUAUGCUGAAGCUGGAACUAAGAAGGACAAUUCCAUCUUAGAAAUCAGGGAGACUUCUUUUCAGAUGAUCUCUCUGAACAAUGAACAAGUAUCCAAGGAGGAGUUUGUAAUACAUACCAUAUUCCCACCUAAUGGAAUGAAUCUGUAUAAAAACAACCACAGUGAAAGCAGCAGUAACAGAAGCUACAGAGACAGUGGUAUACCUGAUUCAGAUCACUCACAUUCAUGAUACUAAAGGAAAUGGAAGACUUCGGGUGGCUGUUUUUUCUCACAAAGAAAGGCAACGGUAUAGGUUGCUGUCCUACUGCAGAACACUGGAUUAAAAGACUGAUGAAUAAGCAAUGUAUUGUACAUUUGCCAUAUAAUUUAUAUUUAAGAACUUUUUAUUAAAAGUUUCAAAUUUCAGGAGACUGCUGCGAUUAAUGUAGCAAGGACGCCUGAAAACAAUUCUAUAUUUUAGUAUUUUUUAGUAAUUUGUACUGUAUUUUCCUUGCUAAUAUUGAAAUGACAGACCAUUUAACUUUUGUGUUCUACUGAGUAAGAUGACUUGUUGACUGUGAAAGUGGAUUUUCUUGCUGUGUUGAACAAUCAGGACUUUGCAUACAUUUGAGAUCCUUGUAAGUAUAAGCACAGGCCUUUUUCACUUUGGUAUUCGUAAAAGGUUAAACCUGAUAAAUUGAAGAUAUUCAGAAAAAUGGCUGCAAAAUGGAUCAAAAUACAAUCCUGGGUAUAUUAAAACAACUGAAGUUCAGUAAAUCAAAUGUGCAAUGUAGUGGGCAAUAUCAGUUAUUUAGCUAUAACCAGGAAAAUGACUGUUGGAGACUGCAGCAGAUGGCUGGAAUCUAGAAAAGGCAGUUGAAAUAAGAAGUGAAGCACACAUUGCUGCCCCAAACUAGAGGCUGCUAAA